CGUAACUUCAUAUUAUUCAAGCAAAAAAAUUAAAAAUGAAGCAUUAAUACAUAACAUUAUUCACAUUUUAAUUCAUUCCAAAUGUUAAACUCAAUGUUCUAGAACAGGAAUUCAGAAUGAAUUUGAGUUGCACAGAUACACACAAACUCAAACUAAAAACUUAUCAGUAACUUGAAUCCCAUCCACGCCGACUCUAUAUAUAACUUCUUUGGCAGCUGCUCGGACACAAGUUCCUUCCAUAAAUGUCCAGGCCUUAUAUCUAGAGCUGCACAGAUAGGCACAAUGUCUGGGAGAUAUCAUUGGGAAAGUCUAACAUAACAUCGCUGGUGAAUGUUCGGAGGAUUUACGAUUUGCUAAAGAAGUACAGAUCAUUCAUUUUAUUUAUUAUUGGAAGAAUUUAAAGAACCAGAAUUGCAUGGUGUUUUUUGUUUAAAAAAACAACGUAUUUUUUAAAAACUAUUUGGGUGUUUUAAAACCAACAACUGUAGCGCAGUUAAAACAAAUAACUUGCUCUACGUGCCACUCAAACUUUUUCGAAUGAGAAAAACAUAAAAGAUUUUUCAACAUGCUUAUAACACAACUGAAUCGCGAGUGCCUUCUGCAUUUAUUUUCCUUUCUGGACAAAGACAGUAGACUACGACUAUCUCAGACAUGCCGUGACUUAAUGCUGGUUUUCCAGGAUCCUUUGCUGUGGCCCUUGUUAAGUUUCAGCUCCCUGGCAGAACUUACGAAGAAGAAUUAUAUUUUAGGCCCGGCUCUGAAGUAUUUAUCAGUUUGUUGGUAUUCCAGCCGGGUGAAAAUUUGCAACAUUGAGGACUGGGAUAAAACUAGCUUGCAGAAAUCUAUGUGCAGCCAACACCAGAACAUAGUGAGUGACUUUCUGUUAAAGGUCUCAGACAGGUAAGUGCAAGUUAAUGGAGCCCCUCUGAUUUUAUAAUAUAGAAUAUACUGAAAGCUUUAAUGAGAAUCGUCCAAACCUUGAUGCACUCCAACUCCAAAAAUGUUUGCUACCAGUUGCUCAGCAACACUUGUAUACAAAAAUAGAUCAUAUACACACGCAUGUGUAAAUAGUGGGCAUGUACAGGGAUUUUCAAGUGUUGGAAAUUCAAUGUAAAUCUAAAAUGUAAACUUAGUAAGAGAUAUUUAUAACAUUGUGCUGAUUAGGGUACAGUUGUAACAUUUUAAUGAUUGCCAGUGAGAUGUUCUCAUGCAAAUUCCCGGCAGGGGAGACCUAAUGUGCAUGCGUGGCGAUGGCUGUACUUCCACAAAGGAAAGCCUGUAUAAUGCUUUCCUGUAGGUUUCGGAUGAUGCUGGAUGUCCCCAAUGCAUAGUGUGAGAAUGUCCAGCAUCAGUUUGGCAACCAAAAGUCAACAAAUGACCCAGAAAUUCCUCUAGUGGCUGUCUGGUAGACUACCACUAGAGGUGGAAUUAACCUUCAAAGGUAAUUAUUGCAGUUUAUUAAAAAAUUAUCACUGCAGGGUUAAGGGCUGAAGUGGUCUGGGUGCCUGUAGUGUCCCUUUAAUAACUUUGCCUUACUUUUCUGAUCACACCGCACUUUUAUAAAUAUAGUUCUAAAUCUCCAAUUAUGUUCAGGCUGCUGGAGAACCACUUCUUCAUUAUAAAGCAUCAGGAUGUCCCUCUAUAUAGGUAGGAAUAGUUAAAACAGCCCCUUGUCUUUUCAAUGCAAUCCUUAGUUUAAUGAGAAAACUGGUUGUUCAGAAUUAUUGAGGGAAUAGCAAAUAUGAGGCCAAAAUAUCCCUCCUAGAUAAUAGUUGGAAUAUAGGGGAGAUCUUCUCAUGUUUGUCAGACACAGAGGGGGCUGUAUGUAUAAAAUACUGACUUGGAAACAUUUGACCUGACAAUCCAUGUUGCACAGUUUAAUUAGGAGAAUCUUUACUAAAAGAUUAAUCUAUUGCUACUGCCAUUACGGUCCAAGCAUUGCUUUAUUGGACAUUAGAAUUAUCCUCGUGUUUAAUCGGUCAAUUAAUUUUUACAUUUGCUUCAAUAUGUGACCUGUGCAUUUAGACUUGGAAAUCUCUGUUCCUUUCUCCUAGGUGCCCAAAUCUACGUUCACUGACACUGUCUGGCUGUGCUCACGUGACCGAUGAAGUCCUCAUCAAGAUACUAUCUAGCUGUCCCCAGCUGCGUAACCUCAAACUGGAAAACUGCUCUGGAAUGAGUGAUCGGACAUUGGCCGCGAUCCCCACUUUUGCAGGUCGCCUCCAUAUUCUCCACGUUAACUUUUGUCGAAAUGUAACGCAGAGCGGGCUGUGCCAAGUGCAGGAGAGAUGUCCUCGCCUUGUCAUGCAGGCUAUUAGAAGCGCAGAUAUGAUUGCGGAUAGAACCCCUGAGCCAAUUCUUCAGAGGAUUCCCCGCAAACUCAUUCUACGAUAACAGGAUAUAUAAUUAUUAUUUUUUAUUAUAAUGGUAUAAGAUUUACAGGAAAAUACGUGACAAUUAAUAUUUCUAAUGUGCAACUUUUUGACUUUUUUAUAGCUAAAUAAAAUAAUUUCUAUUUAAAAAUGAGAGUUCCUGCGUGAUGUCAUUCUACAUAUCUUAUUAUACAUUCGAUUAUAUUAGGCAAAUCUUACUGGCAGUGGUUCUCUCCUUCAAAAACUUUAAGCUGUC